AUGCCUGCUACACUCAAGCUGAUUGUCACAGCUAGCCUGGCCAUUGUGGCCAUGUUGGCGUCUCUGACGCAGGUCCAAGCCGCUCCUUACGGCGUGCCUCGGCGAUUUGGCCAUCAUUCUGGCCACGAAAUCGAGCAUCACGCCAAGCGUGACGUGGCUCUCAUCCAACGCGAGGAGACGACCGAGCUGGUCAAGAUCACCCCUACCAAGAGUGGCAGGCCGUCCAAUAUUGGCGCUAUUCAGUACACCAAAGCCUCAGCCAUCCAGAAUUGGCGAAGAGCCGUCAUUGGCGACCAAGUCCCAGCACGCGAAGAGGUACCAAGAAGCCUUGGCAGCCAUAUCACCGCUCUGCUUUCUAGCAUGCGCCACGUCAGGCGUGGCUUGUACGCAACAGAAGUCUUGGAGUCUCGCCGACUGCAUGGAUCGGGUACUGAGGACCGGCAUGAAGCUCGAGACGACCCCUUGGAGAACGUCGCAAGUCAAGUCGAUGCCUCGCAACGCCGCUCGACCGAUCAAGUCGGAGCUCAUGACUGAAUACGACCGACCAUCACUGCGAUCUACAGCCUCACCAUGUAAGUGGACGUUGACGCGCUUCGAGCCAUUGACCUUUGAGUCCCUGCUCACAUCAUGCCAUCUCUCGUCGUCAUUAACGCAAAAGAUUCGCAUGGCUACUUUGCCGUCGCUAAAGGAGGAUAGGUCCUAA